AUGGGUUCGCAGAGCCCCACCAACGCCAAUGACCGCCCGCGCCUCACCGAAGCGCAAAAGAAGGAGAACCACAUACGCUCCGAGCAAAAGCGCCGCGAGGCCAUCCGCGAGGGCUUCGACCGCCUGGCCUCGAUUGUACCUGGCAUGGAGGGACAAGGGCGCAGCGAGGCCGUUGUGUUGGAAGCCACCAUCAAGUACAUGCGCGAAAAGAUUGUGGAACGCCAGAAGAUCAUGGCCGAUGCACACGCCCAGGGCAUCGAUACAUCCGCCUGGGACCUGCCGAGGGAAACGCUCGACGCCUGUAAAGCGCAGCUGCAAAGGACGAGGGACGAGGAAGCCCAGAUGGACGGCAUCAAUGGGAACAGCUAG